AUGAACAAUACGUUAGAAGGGACCAACAGCAGAACACCUGAGGCAGCAGGACGGCAAGACCAUCCAAGCCACACGUCCCCCUCUUUGGUUUCCAAUUUAAAUGCGGUGUCGCUGGAUGACAUAAAACUGAACGGGCCCCUGUCAGCAGAGAACCGGCAGAAAGACCAAUACUCGGGAGAGGCGAGAACCAAGCGGGCCUGGCCCGGCUCGCGAGGGGACGAGAUUCAGGAUGCCAGCUGGGCAUCCCUGGUGGGCACCCGAGAUGCCCAGCGGCUGGGUACCCCCGCCAAGGUUUGGAGAAACGACCCGUCUCUUUCCAUAAGCGCCGACAGCGAGGGUGGUCCCACCAUCCGCACCCUCUGCAGGACCAAAGCGGCUACUCACCCAGAACACAGGCUCCGUGGGGCCGCCCCCAGGGCCGCCGAGUUUCGAUUCCCGUGUUUGGAAACGGACCGAAAACAAACCGGGUCGCCAGGGGUCACCGCGGGCUUCCGGUUUCCUCGAAGACACAGCCGCUUCCCUGACGAAUGCAGCUGCUCCGGGAACGCCGCGGAGGGACUCCCAUUUCUCCUGCCUCGGCGGGGCCGGGGCCGGCGCGGCCGGCUAGUGGGCUGCGGCCCGGAGGCGCUGAAGGUGGGCCAAGCCGCUGCCGAAGAAGACCGGUUAGCCGGCCUCGUCAGCGCCCGCCCGGGCGGCGCGCCGCGCAGGGGAAACGCCGCAAAAGGGCCGGCGGGAGGGCGGGCGCCGCGCGCCGGAAACGCGGCCUCCGGGUUGUCCGCAGCUCGGAGCCAGGGCCAAGCGGGCAAACCGGAAGUCAGGCCCGAGGGAGCACCGAGGGCGUUCGCUAAGCCGGUGCCGGGGCGGGGUCGGAGGGGGCGGUGUACUACGUGUCCCGAGAGCGUCCGCGGCGAGGUGGGCGGGGCCGCCGCGGCCGCGCGUCCCGUGAGCCUCUGCGGCGGGCUGGGCGAGGCAACGCGCGACGCGGAGGCCCUGUCGGGAGUUGCCCUUGAAAGCCCCAGAGUGAGGACUAGCUUCGGCGAGGUUCCGUUUGCCCUGGGGUUAAAUGCACUUACGGAAAAAGGAAAAUUUGAUAGUAAGAUAAUAGAAUGUUGUAAUAUGGCAAUGGAUUCCUCAGUGGAGAACAACAUGUAUAUAAACAAAGUGUGGGUUCAGUGUGAGAAUGAAAGUUGUUUGAAAUGGAGACUGUUAUCAAAUGAGGAUAAAGCCAAAGUCAAUCACAAUGAACCAUGGUACUGCUUCAUGAACACUGACUCAAAGUACAAUAAGUGCUCUGUUUCUGAAGAAGACUUUCCUGAAGAGUCUCAGCUUCAUCAAAGUGGGUAUAAGAUCGUCUAUUCACAGCUGCCUCUUGGAAGCCUGGUUUUGGUAAAAUUACAGAAUUGGCCACGUUGGCCAGGGAUACUUUGCCCUGACCCUUUUAAAGGGAAGUAUGUGACCUGUGACCUGGAUGGAGAUGUUGAACAAUAUCACGUAGAAUUCCUGGGCGAUCCACAUUCGAGAUCAUGGAUAGAUGCGGCGUUUGUUGGACAUUAUAGUAUCACAUUAAAGCCAGAAAAAUGCAAGAAAAAUAAGUGGUAUAAGAGUGCCCUGCAAGAAGCAUACCUCCUCUAUGAAUGUUCUCAUGAGCAAAGGCUGGAAAGAUGCUACCUAUCAAAACAGGACAAAUCCAAAGCAGCUGGCAAAGUUACUGUGGUGGCCAAGAAAAGGGUGCGAAUUUCCAAAAAUAAUGCUGAAAAGAAAAAUCCAAAAUUUAGAAAAAGGAAAAGGAAAGCUGUUUUAAAAUCUUCUUUUGAAAAUGUUUGUUCAGAUGAUGCUUUAUCAAAGGAAAACAUGGUUGUCUCUGAGACAGAAUUUUUACUGAAAGAGCUGGAGCAAAUGCUUGAGCAAGCCCUGGAGCACACAGCCACUCACAAGGAGUCUGAAGAGGAGUGUGGGGAGGAAGUGAAUACAAGAGAAAAGUUACCUAAAUGUGGCCCUGAAGUUCCUACAGGCAGCUCUCUUGAAAACCACUGUGAAGAGGAAUGUCUUAUAAUUGAUGGGCGAAGUUUAAAAGCUGGAGAAUGUAUUGAAAAUAUAACUAAGAAGUUUAAAGAAAUAGAUGCUUUGAUGUCUGAAUUUUAGGGCAUUAUAGAUAUUUCCAAAAGUUAACUAUAAA